CUCUUCGUAGAAGUUUCACGAUAAUUUAACGGUAACCGCAAUAACUUACAGCCCCUCAUUACUAGACCGGAUAAGAAAGGAAUAAAGGAGAGGAAGAAAAAAACGCUCCAUACAUGAACGAGCGAGAGAGCCAAAAGGCUCGCGAUGAGCGCUUACUGAAGCUCUUCAAGAGCCUGGAUACACGCAGCGAGGGUCAUUUAGACCUAGAGGGAUUGAGGCGGGGUCUCAAGAGGAUCAACCAUCCUCUGAAGGACGCGGAACACCUAUUACACGAUAUCCUGGAAGCCGUCGAUACAUCUAAGGACGGCCUCAUUCAGUAUUCAGAAUUCAAGCACUUCUUUGAGAGUGCUGAUCGGGAAUUAUGGCACAUCUUCACUUCUGUCGACCUGGAUAGGAAUGGAAAUAUUGAUAAAGCAGAACUACGAAUCGCGCUUAGCCGUGCCGGCCUAGUGGUAGAUACAAAACGGCUGCAGGAGUUCUUUGAUUCGAUGGACAGGAAUAACGACGGUGUGAUAUGUUAUGAGGAAUGGAGAGAUUUCCUCAUGUUCAUGCCACAUGAGGCCUCCUUAAAAACGAUUUACUCCUACUACCUUUCCACCGUGAACGUUAACCCGGAAGGUGAUGUGAGUCUUAGUGAUGAGAUAAAUCACUUAGGACUAGGCUACUUUCUUGCAGGCGGUAUUGCAGGCGCAAUUUCGAGAACUGCCACGGCGCCAUUUGAUCGUAUAAAGGUUUACUUGAUUGCGCAGACUGGCAAUUCAACAGCGAAGAAAGCGAUCGAGGCUGUGACGCAAGGUGAAGCUGUCCAGGCUGCAAAAAAAGCUGCAGGACCAAUCAAGGAUUCUAUCCGGGCUUUGUGGAGAGCGGGCGGAGUUAGGUCCUUCUUUGCGGGCAACGGAUUGAACGUUGUAAAGAUCCUGCCCGAGUCUGCAAUCAAGUUUGGUUCGUUUGAGGCUGCGAAACGAGCACUCAGUAGACUCGAGGGAACCAAUGAUGCAUCAAAUAUAUCACCAAUUUCUAGAUUCUUGGCCGGCGGUAUCGGUGGUGUUGUCUCUCAAUUUUCCAUAUAUCCCAUUGACACUCUGAAAUUCCGAAUGCAAUGUGAAUUGGUUGAAAAUGGAUCUACCGGGAAUAAGCUUAUUCUUGAGACAUUCCGAAAGACCUGGAGUAACGGCGGACCUCAAGCAUUUUACAAGGGCCUUCCACUUGCUUUAAUCGGGAUAUUCCCUUACUCGGCCAUUGAUCUGGGCACAUUCGAGUAUAUGAAGAGGUCAUACACGGCACGAAAAGCCAAAAAGUUAAAAUGCGACGAGAAAGACGUGGAGGUGCCGAAUUGGGUGGUUCUAGGAAUCGGUGCUACCAGUGGUAGCGUGGGGGCUACUAUGGUAUAUCCCAUUAAUGUGUUAAGGACGAGACUGCAAGCGCAGGGGACAGCGCAACACCCACAGACGUACACCGGUAUGUGGGACGUUGCGGUAAAGACAUAUAGCGCGGAGGGCUUCCGGGGGAUGUUCAGGGGUCUCACUCCGAAUUUGCUGAAAGUCGUACCUGCAGUUUCAAUUUCGUACCUUGUUUACGAAAACUCGAAAAAGACCAUGGGUUUGGGAUAGGGAUCUGCGAUACGGUACAUAGAUGUUUGUGAUCUCCUUCGAUAUCAGUCGCAGCGCACACAUUAUAGAGGCGUCACAGCCGGAUGUUUUUUUUCCCCCCUAUUUCACAAUUCGUUUUUUUCCAUUUUCCUCAAUUGGCCUAGGGUUUUCAAGAUAAACGGUGUUUUUAUUUUUAUUUCAAUGCAUAUAA